AUCGAAAGCUAUAUCGCGCGUCUAUGUCACGUGGUGAUUUUCCAUGUUCCGAAUUGGGGACAAACAAAGAAGAUAAAACAUAUUCGCCUCUUUGUUAAUCGCUCGCAAUAGUUACCAAUAAGUUUAGUGACACAAACAAGAAUGGGAAAAGUGAGAGAAAAUGGCACUACGGGCAAUAGGAAGGAAAACGAGACGUCGUUAAACGAGAGCGACGCGUGGGCCCUUCUGGCACUGAAGUCGGCACCGGCCAGUCCGACGAAGAUGCAGUGGAACCCGGAGGCAAAAGGUGCACCGAUCGCACGGCUCGAGGGUCGUGAGUUCGAAUACAUGGUUAGACAGCGACGUAUCACUAUCGGGCGUAACAGCAGCAAGGGUGAGGUCGACGUCAACAUGGGCCACUCCAGCUUUAUCUCGCGACGACACCUCGAAAUCUUCUAUGAUCAUCCCUUCUUCUUUAUGAUCUGCAACGGUAAAAAUGGUGUUUUCGUCGAUGGAGUUUUCCAACGAAAGGGCGCGCCUGCCUUCCAGUUGCCAAAGACGUGCACAUUCAGAUUCCCGAGUACAAAUAUAAGGCUCGUAUUUCAGUCGUUAGUGGACGAGCAAGAGCAAAGUAACGUACGCGUACCUUCACCACCAAAACAAAGAGCCCCCUUGCCACCUCUGCGUAUCAAUAUUCCGGAUACAGGAUACAGCAGUCCGUUUCCUUCCCCGACUGGAACUAUUAGCGCUGCUAAUUCCUGUCCUGCUAGUCCACGUGCUGGUCAGGGAAGGAGAAAUAUAUCCGCAGAUCUUCAAAUGGUAGCAGUGUAUGCAGCUGCUGUAGCCAAUGACCCACAAAAUACUGGCUUGGAAAGGCACGACGGUGGACAAAGUUCCAGCAGACAGAUAAGUCCAGAGCCUGGUAUCGAAUCGCGUUAUAGAAGCGGAGGUAGUACUGGGCCGAAUGGUACAACGGCGCAUUGUAGUCCACCAAAGGAUGACUCUAAACCACCAUAUUCGUAUGCACAGCUAAUCGUUCAAGCGAUAGCGUCUGCUGCGGACAAGCAACUCACGUUGUCCGGCAUUUAUUCUUACAUUACCAAGAAUUAUCCAUACUAUAGAACCGCGGAUAAAGGCUGGCAGAAUUCUAUAAGGCAUAAUCUUUCGUUGAAUCGUUAUUUUAUUAAAGUACCGAGAAGCCAGGAAGAGCCAGGAAAAGGGUCGUUCUGGAGAAUAGAUCCUCAAUCGGAAGCUAAACUAAUAGAACAGGCCUUCAGGCGAAGAAGACAACGCGGUGUUCCUUGUUUCCGCGCUCCUUUUGGUCUCUCAUCCAGGAGCGCACCUGCUUCACCAUCCCACGUAGGAAUCAGUGGGCUGAUGACGCCAGAAUGCCUCAGUAGGGAAGCAUCGCCAGGGCCAGAAUCUUACCCUGAUAGUUCUGUUCCUUCUCCAGCUGGUCAAAUGACCAGUCAGUCCGCGCCUGGAUCACCGGGUCAUCCGUACGCGCCCUCGAGCCAGUCGUCUCAUAAAGGUCGUCUGAUGCAGCAGAUUACUGUUGUCACGAACGGCGUCACCGGAGAUACAGAUAAAUACGUCGUAUCCGGAAAUACUACAGAGGAACAUUCUCUUUCCCCGGCCGGUCAAUAUAGUCCGGCUCCCGUUAUUGUACAAACCACGUAUAACUACAGCGGAAGCUUUAUCGGUCCCGACGCAGGCGUCGGAGUUGUGAAACGCUCGCACGAGGAAUCGGACAGUUCUCCAGGUUCACCGGCACCGCUUGCUAUCGUUGAAAGUCCCGAACCACUCGAGCAUCAACAACCACAGUCGAAACGUCAACGCGUUCACGAUAUGGACGACCAUUGAAUCGUUGUCCUAGGUUUCCGUUACGUAGGACAUUUGUUACAUCGCGCUAUUCGCUCAUCGUUGAAUAUAUCUGCACGCGCGUGUACCUCAUACCUGCUCAUGUGUGUAUACGCAGAAACGCGCGUACACACCUUUACCCAAACUUUUUCGGAUCCAUGCCCGUAAUCCAUACCACAUCUAAACUUACAUAAAACCUCAUCUUCGUACGGGCGCGUACAAAACACGUACGCGUACACUCAGUGUUGUACUUUCAUUCAUUUUAUACAUAAUGAUUACUUUAGUCUGCGUAUAAUAAAUACUCGAUCCAAUGUAUUGUUUAACGCAACAAGUGGGACAUUUGCAAGAAAAAUGAGACGACAAAGGUUGUGUUCCCUCUUCGCGUUCAAACUUGUUUUAACGUUUCGGUUUUACGCAACUUUUUCGUAGUCAUAUCCUCGACGGUGCGCGCGUGUGUACACACGGUGGCUCAAAAUAUACGGUACAACCCGAAAGAUCGCGAUUCUUCGUUCGAAGAGAAAUAAAAUUCGUAGAAUAACAUGUUCCUUUGCGAGGCUUUGCUUUCGAUACGAGCGAUUUCGAGAGUGACGCGUUCGUGCGCGCAUGCGAUUAAUAAACCUGAGUUUCAUCAACUUUACGUAACUCUUUCGUAUUUGUACGCAAGGUGUAUGAAAUUACAGGUUAGCGUUAUUCAAUAAAACGUAACGUAGUAUUGUUAUAUAUAUUUUUUUUAUUUAGUUAGUCGUUGAACCAGUGAAAACUACUUUUACUAACAUUAGGAUUCGUAUCCCUUCGAGUAGUUGAAAAUCCCUGUUUUUUAAUUAGGAAAUGUUUUCGAUACUUUCGCUAGGAAACUUAUUUUUAUUAAAGUAAGCGUUUGGUCUCCGUGUAUCGUACAGGAGUGUCGAUAGAUUAAUAUAUGUGAUCUAUUGAAAGCAAAUUUUAGCAGCGUACACGUGAACCCUGUGCAUUUUCAGAAUCGAUCAUCUCGAAGUGGAAGACUCGUAAAAGAAACUUUUAUUCUACGUUAUGAAUUCAUUGCCGCGAAGAAUCGCCGCGUCUUUAGUUGUAUCGGUUAUUUUAAGCUUUGAUGGUAUACAUAUAUGUAUAUAUAUAUAUGUAUGUAUAUAUAUAUAUGCAUGCAUUCGCGCGCGUUUGUGUGUAAGCGCGUAUAUACACGCUUCAUUGAAUGCUUUUCUCAUGGUUUUUACCAACGUUUAACGAUGUACGUACGAGGAGACGGCGGGAGCUUUUGCGUAUUCAUAGGAGGGAGUAAUCCUUGUAAGACUAUUAUCUAUAAAAGACAUAGUAUCUCGAUUGAAAUCAUAUCGUAACGUAUUUAAAAAGAGGGAAAAAAAAAAAAGAAUCUGGCGAAUCUCAACAGGAGGGAACAGUGUUAUCGAAACAGCUCGCGUCGUUCGCCUCGGUGCCGCAAAGAUAGGAAGGGGUCGUGUGUCCUGAUGUUGCUGCUGACAUUGGUAAGCGAAUUUGUUCGAGAAAUUGAUUGCAAGCUGUAAAACUUGUGCCGCAAACAAGCUUAUAGGACCGAGACGGGCCGUUUUCGUUCCUCACGGAAACCAUCCGUUCGGGCGCAUAGUUGUCAUCGAAUUUCUUCGUUAAAUGUUUCUGUUGAGCGUGCAACCAUUACCGUAGGAAAAAGGGACGUUCCCCCGCCUUUUCAUUUCUUUCAACGCGAUCGUUUUUACGUUUGAACGCCGAUCGAAACGAUUUGUUGCUACUUACUGAGAUGCUCGCGAACCAUAGACACGAACUGUAGAUUGUAGUUUCAGCGUACGAUUCUGCAAAAAUUUCUAUUUAAAGAGAAAGAGAAAGAGAGAGAGAGAGAGAAAAAUGUGAGAAAAAAGGACAAAAAAAAACACCGAGCAAUCCUUUUUUUUGCUGAAUACGUCGAUCGAAAUUUCUUUCUGACGUGCCUGUUUAUCUGGCAAGUUAUUAAACGUACUAUAAUCAUACAGGAAGAGGUGAUAGUAUUUUUGUUGCCACUUGUAAAUAAACUCUUAAACGAAUAA